AUGGCUGGACCAAAAGAACUUCAACUAUUUUUGGAUGAUCCUGAACGUUUUGCUCCACUUGAACCUCGUAAAUUACUACCAGCACCAAAUCGUCGAGUACAUCGACGAACUGAAGCAGAAGCAAAACCAAUGUUUCCUAAACCUAUUGAAUUUGCUAGUUAUUGUUCAGCAACUUAUCUUGAUGGUGGUAAAAGAUACGAAUGUCUUGUACUUGGACAACAAGAAUUUGCUGUUGAAUAUCGUGAUAAAUUAUAUUUUCUAUUAAAUGAAGAAGCACGUGAAAAAUUUAUGAGACAAUCAGAAAAAUAUUGGAAUAUUCGAUUACCAAAUAAGCUUUCUCGACCAAAAACUCCAAUUGAUUUACUUAAUUUACCAUGUCUAGGUUAUUUAGAACAACCAAUAGCAACAGCAAUUAUAAAAAGUUUAACAGCAACAAGAACUUUUAAAUCAAAAUUUCCAUUUUUAUCUAUUCAAGCAUCAGCAUUAAUCUAG